AUGUGUAAACCUACUUAUGACCCUUAUGAAACUCUUGGUGUUUCUUCUUCUGCUUCCUUAAAGAAUAUACAAAAAGCAUACAGACGUAAGGCUCGUGUCUGUCAUCCUGACGUUCUUCGUGCAACUUGUGACGAUCCUUCGGCUGGUGGUUUACGUACUAAGCCUGAAGAAAAAGCAGCAGGAGAAGCAGCAGGAGCAGAAGCAGGAAAAGCAGCAGGAAAAGAAACAGGAGCAAAAGCAGGAAAAGAAUCAGGAGCAAAAGCAGGAAAAGAAUCAGGAGGAGCAGCAGGAAAAGAAUCCGGAGCAGGAGCAGGAAAAGAAUCCGGAGCAGGAGCAGGAAAAGCAGCAGGAAAAGAAUCAGGAGCAGGAGCAGCAGGAGCAGCAGGAGCAGGAGGAGGAGAGAAGGGUAAUGAGGAGGAGCCCUUUAUAAUAAUAAAUGCUGCUUAUGAAUUAUUAAGCAAAGAAGAAGAAAGAAAACAAUUUGAUCUAAAAGGAGAAGGAGAUGGAGGAAGAUUCGUAAAAAGAGGAUUUAUAUCUCCUUUUUCUUCUUUUUCUUCUUCUUUUUCCUCUUAUAAUAAAAAAAAUAAGGAAACAACUCUAUUAGAUAUUCUUUCCCUAUUUACUGAUGGUGGUGUCUUCUCUUCUCCCUUCUCUAAUAGAGGAGAAGAAGAAGAAGAAGAAGGAGAAGAAGGAGAAGAAGGAGAAGGAGAAGAAGGAGGAGGAGGAGGAGGAAGAAGAAGAAGAAAAGGAUAUUAUUAUAGGAGUAAUAUAGAUCCAUUUAAUGACGAAGAAGAAGAAGGAGAAGAAGAAGAAGGAGGAGAAGAAGAAGGAGGAGAAGAAGAAGAAGAAGAUGAUGAAUUUAAUUCAUCAUUUAAUUUUUUUCCUUCUUUUAAUAUUUAUGAUGAAGAUAAAGUCUAUACAAGAAGAACAGAAGAAAUAAAUAUACAAGAAGAAGAGGAAAGAGGAGAAGAAAGAGGAGAAGGAGGAAGAGGAGAGGAAGGAGAAGAAGAGGAGGAGGAGGAGGAAGAAGAAGAAGAAGUAGAUCCUUUUUCUUUUGAUUUAAAUUCUCUAGAUCUAGACGAUUUGUUCUAA